ACCACAAUAGCAACAACAACAACCAUAACAGCAACAACCACAAUAGCAACAACAACAGCAACAACCAUAACAGCAACAACCACAAUAGCAACAACCACAAUAGCAACAACGACAAUAACAGAGACAACAACAUCAGCAAUAGAAGUAACUCCUCCUUCAGAAGAUGAACCAAACUUGGCAUUGAUUCUUGGUCUUUCUAUGGGUAUUGGUAUUCCCGCGUUACUUUUGAUCAUUGGUGGUCUUAUUUGUUAUUUAAAAACACGUUUCCCUAAUGCCAAAAUUGAACCUGCUGCUGCUACAAAUACUACAGUUAGUACUGUUACUGAUAUUCCACUGAUGCCAAUUAAUACUACAGAGAAGAACAGUACUUUAGCAGCCGUAGUAGUUUAA